AACUAAGCAACAAACAAAACCAGCUGCAUGUCCGAAUAAAAGGCACCAGUCCCUCUGUCCAGCUUCUCUCCGCAGUACUUUUGUGUUCUGCGACUCGACGUAGUUUCAUCCAGGAGCCCACCUGCACUCCUUCUCCAGGGGAAAUACUGUUGACCAAAUGACACAAGUAAAGUCCGGUUCAGAAACACUGGCUCCGGAGGGACAGGAGAGAGAGAGAGAGAGAGAGAGAGAGAGAGCCUAGCUGCUGAGCUAACCAGCUGCUGAACACAUCUGGAGCAAGUCGGGGUUCUGUGGAAUAGUUAGGAAAAGUGUGUAAAGAGAAGGAAACCAGAUCGAGGAGAGAGCUGCAGAGACACGCCGUGUCCAGUCACAGUGUGCUUAGCCUUGUCUUUUCUUACCUAUUAGCUUCAAGUUAUUUAGCAGGAGAACUGAUAGAGGAACUGGCUACGCUGUUGUGAGCUGCAUGAAGCAGAAGGUCCAUGCUUGUUAAAACGCACUUUUUUGUGGUUAAUAUUCUGUGGAUAACAAUGGCCCAGCUCUUAGCACAAGAAGAAAAGGAAAAUGCUGCACUUAAAGAUUGGUUAUCCAGGAUUGAUUUAGAUGAGCUGAUGAAGAAAGACGAACCUCCGCUUAUCUUCCCCAAGACUUUGGAGGAGUUUGGAUAUGCUUUUAAUGAGCAUGGCCAGCUACGACACAUACAAACCGGAGAGCCGUUUGUCUUCAACUGCAAGGAGAACAUGCACAGAUGGAACCAAAAACGAUACGAGGCGCUGGGAGAGAUCAUCACGCAUUAUGUUUAUGAGCUCCUGGAGAAGGAUUGCAAGCUGAGGAAAGAGAUGCUUCCGGUGGACGCGACAGAGAGCGAACCAAAGAGCUUCAUCUACAUGAGCGAGGACGCUCUGACCAAUCAGGACAAGCUGCUGGUGCUAAUCCAUGGCAGCGGUGUGGUGCGAGCAGGUCAGUGGGCACGUCGCCUCAUCAUCAACGACAACCUGGACAGCGGCACGCAGAUCCCUUUCAUCAAAAAGGCCAUGGAGGAGGGCUACGGCGUGAUCGUGCUGAACCCUAACGAGAACGCGCUGGAGGUGGAGAAGGUCGGGGAUCCGUCUGCCGACGCAUGGGACGAGCCGGCGGAGAAGCGCGAGCGCAAAGAGGAGUGCGAGGGGAAGAAAAAGAAAGACGGGUACGAGAAGUACCGCAAUCCACAGAAGGAGCGUGAGACCAAGCGCUUCCCAAUCCGGGAAAACAGUUCACCCGAGGAGCACACGCGCUAUGUGUGGGACCAUUUCAUUUCCAGAUCCCUCGCCAAAAACAUCUUUGUGGUUGCUCACAGCUAUGGAGGGCUGUCUUUUGUGGAGCUGAUGAAUUACCGGGAAGACGAGGUGAUGUCACGUGUGCAGGCGGUGGCCAUGACCGACUCGGUUCACAACGUGUGGCACCAAGAUGCCAGCAGAGCCAUCAGAGAGUGGCUGAAGGAGCGAUGCUGUAACUGGGUGUCGAGUUCUGAGCCGUUGGAUACCCCAGUGGACUCAUUGCUCCCUGACUGUCGUCGCCGCUCAGCAGGCACUGAAAAGCAUGAGCUGACCUCAUGGAAUAGCUUCAAGUCUAUCUUCAGGUUCUUCAACGAACAUCUCCAGACACAAAUGGAGGUGGACAGGGAUGACAGCAAAGUGGAGCAGCUGGAUGAGGAGCUGAAGGAAGAGCCGAACGAGGAGCCGAAUGAGAAUCGGAAGGAAGAGCAAAAUGAAGAAGAGAGUGUGGAGCUGAAGGAGGAGCAGAAGGAGGAAGAGGAUGAUUGCUCUACCACAGUGACUACACAAAAGUGCACCGAACACGAGGAUUUAUAGAAAACACUGGAAUGUCUGAAAGCUUCAGACCUUCCUGGCCAGGCUGCUCUCUAUUGAAUCCUUUUUUUUUUGUUGCUUUUUUACCCUUACUUUUAAUGCUUGCAAAGGGUCGUCCUGCUGUAGGCACUUCCUUCUAUAUGCCUUAGAGUUCAGGGUCAGCGUGUAUACAUCAUCACAAUAGGGUUUUGCAUUACGCAACUAUCAAAGCAAUAUAUUCUGUUGUCAGGUGGCAUGGCACAGUGCUUCUAAUAGUCCUGACAUUCCUCUAAACUCACCUAAUGCACACACAACACACUUAAAGGUAUAACCCACAGGUCAGUCGGCUCCCCUGAACUCCUUUCCAUUCAGUUCCACCCAGUUUUGCAUUGCUAAUGGUACUUGAUGCCUAAGACGUUUCUCUGCCUUGCAUUCUCGGCUCAUGGGCAUUAGCACUAAAGGUACUUGCACAACGUAGAUAUUUGCUUUUAAAAGCACACAUUAGACACAGGUCUUUUCCACACCACCUGCAUCUGAAAGAAGCGAAUCCUAAAUAGCAGGUAAUAAUUUGCUGGUUCUUACGUUCAUCCCCACAUAGUAACGAUAAAACAUAUAGAAGGCUUUCAUCCAAAUGAACUUUAAGGCACAUGUCAAGAAUUAUUUUUCGCCACAUUUUUUUUUUUGACAUUUUGGAAGUUUAGCGAUGUCUGACCUUUACCCAAUUCCCAAGUUACCCAAGCAAAGGGGGGGGUAAUAAUUUCCAAAUCACAAAAUCAGUUUUUAUUAAUGUUCGCCUUUGAAAUGUGACGUUCCUUUUCUUUUCCCCCCAUACACGCCUGGUAAGUCUCACAAUUUCACAUCACACUGACAUCCACCGCUUUCGCUAAAACACACAAUGUCAGUUUCUUAGCGUAAACAAAAGACAAACGGAACAAUGUGGUAUUAGUCAAGGCUUAAGCUGUCGCUCAGCAGUGACAGCACGUCACAAAGCUUUUAAUAACACUUUGCCACGUUUUUAUUUUUUAUUUUAAGAAUGAAUAUUUGUAAGCACAAUUUGCAUGUUCGAACAAAUGUGACCGAUUUUACCAACUUUUCAGCUAAAUUACAGCGAUGUGGGGACGUAAUGAGAAAUACACUUAAUUGAUUAAAGUUUUAAAACUGAACUGCUUUUAGGGUUUUGUAGACAUUAUUUAGCUAAAAUCAAAUUACAAAUGAUUGUGUAAUGCGGCACUAAAUUGAAAAAAAAAUAUGUUGGACAUCA